CAUAUCGAGUUUUCACAUCUGUACCAAAAGAACCGCUCGCCCAGGGUCGUGUUGGUAGUUUGUAGGUGUGCGACUGAUUUUGUAUCAGUCACUUUGAUCCUCCGCUCCGCAAGCCUGACGCCAGCUUCAGUUCUACCUUCCACUUUCUGCUGCUAUAGGCUGAGUGGUAGUGCGGCUUGCGAUUGGUUGCUGUAUUGACAUAUAGUGGAGCGUUAGCACGGCACCCCUAGCCACUUCUCUCCAUUGCAACUUUUUUUUCUAUACAUUUAAAUGUAUAUCUAUUCAUCUGUGUGCUUCAGUCGGUUAAUGUGAAUGAACGAUACACGAUGUAUGAUUAGGAACGACUUAGGUCUGGUACUAUUGUUUUAAUAUAGAUUAAAACAGCGCAUCUCGCACUAAUUUUUUUAUAUAUAUUUUUCUGGUAUUUUUGGUAUUUUUAUUUGUAACGUAUAUUCCUUAAAGCUAGACGUUACAGGACCAGGGUCAACCAACUCCAUGACAACAUGCAUUUGGUUUUUAUUUUUUUAUCUUUAACUUUUGUUCUCUGCCAGACGUUGCCUUCUCGAAACGUUUAUACAAACCACUGGGCUGUGCGAAUUUCAGGAGGACGCGAGGAAGCUGACAAACUUGCUUCAAAAUAUGGCUAUAUUAAUUUGGGGCAGAUAGGAAACUUGGAGGAUCAUUAUCAUUUUCAUCACAGCAAGGUUGUGAAAAGAUCUGCCUUCUCUGCCAGGGGUGCUCACAGUUUCAUUCACAUGGAUCCAAAGGUUCAGUGGGCCCAGCAGCAGGUGGUGAAAACGCGUGUGAAGCGAUACGCCAGGAACGACCUCAACUUUGUGCACUUCAACGAUCCCAAGUGGUCAAGCAUGUGGUAUAUUCACUGCGGUGACAGGAACGGCCGCUGCCGCUCCGAGAUGAACAUCCUGGCGGCGUGGCAGAGGGGGUACACGGGCAAGAAUGUGGUCGUCACUAUCCUGGACGACGGAAUCGAGAGGAACCACCCCGACCUGGCGCAGAACUACGAUCAGCUUGCAAGUUACGACGUCAACGGGAACGACCACGACCCCACCCCGCGCUACGAUUCGAGCAAUGAGAACAAGCACGGGACGCGGUGCGCGGGCGAGGUCGCAGCUGUGGCCAAUAACUCUCACUGCAUCGUUGGCAUCGCGUACAACGCCCGGAUCGGAGGCAUUCGGAUGUUGGACGGCGAUGUAACAGAUGUGGUGGAGGCGAAGUCUCUUGGCAUCCGGCCGGACUACAUCGACAUCUACAGCGCCAGCUGGGGUCCGGACGACGAUGGCAAGACGGUGGACGGGCCCGGUCCGCUUGCCAAGCAGGCCUUCGAGCUGGGCAUCAAAAAGGGCCGGAAAGGGCUGGGCUCCAUCUUCGUGUGGGCCUCGGGGAACGGCGGCCGACAGGGGGACCACUGCUCCUGCGACGGCUACACCAACAGCAUCUACACCAUCUCCGUCAGCAGCACCACCGAGAACGGCAACAAGCCCUGGUACCUGGAGGUCUGCUCCUCCACCCUCGCCACCACCUACAGCAGCGGGGAGUUUUACGAUCGGAAAAUAGUGACGACGGACCUCCGGCAGCGCUGCACGGACGGGCACACGGGCACCUCCGUCUCCGCCCCCAUGGUGGCCGGGGUCAUCGCGCUGGCUCUGGAGGCCAAUCCGCUCAUAACCUGGAGAGACGUCCAGCACCUCCUGGUGAAGACGUCACGGCCCGCCCACCUGAAGGCCAACGACUGGAAGACCAACGCAGCAGGACACAGAGUCAGCCACUUGUACGGCUUCGGGCUGGUGGAUGCCGAGGCCAUGGUGACGGAGGCCAAGAAAUGGCGAAGCGUCCCGCCCCAGCACACCUGCACCAGGAUCUCCGACCGCAGGACCAGGUACAUCCGCCCGGACCAGUACCUGAACGCCAGCAUCAGCACCACGGGCUGUGCGGAGCAAGCGGACCAGCGCGUGCUGUACCUGGAGCACGUGGUGGUGAGAGUCCUCAUCGUGCACCCGCGCCGCGGAGACCUGCAGAUCAACCUCAUCUCUCCCUCCGGAACACGCUCCCAGCUGCUGGCCAAGAGACUGUAUGAUAACUCCAAUGAGGGCUUUAGGAACUGGGAGUUCAUGACGGUGCAUUGCUGGGGGGAGAAGUCUGAAGGACUGUGGACCCUGGAAGUCUUGGACUCUCCCUCACAGCAGCGUAACCCUGAGGUGCUCGGUAAACUGAAGGAGUGGACCCUAAUCCUGCACGGGACCGCGGAGCACCCCUACCACUCGCACGGCCCCCACCACUCCCGCUCCCGGAUGCUGGAGAUCCCCAGCACAGGCCGUGAGCACAAAGGCCACGAGCCACAGCAGGAGAUCCCAGAGGAAGAGGAGGAGGAGGAAGAGUACAAUGGGCCAUGCCACACUGAAUGUGGAGACCAGGGCUGUGACGGCCCCGACGCCGACCACUGUCUGAACUGCAUCCAUUUCAGCCUGGGCAGCCUCAAGACAGGCAGGACCUGUGUCAGCCACUGUCCGCUGGGGUAUUACGAGGACGCGGAGGCCCGCCGCUGCCGCCGCUGCUUCCGGGGCUGUGAGACCUGCAUGGGCCGGGCGCCCAGCGAGUGCCUGACCUGCCGCCGAGGUCUCUACCUCCACGUUGACCACAGCACCUGCGUGGACACCUGUCCCACGGGCUACUUCGCAGACGACACGCAGAGACAGUGCCUGAAGUGCCAUGAGAACUGCAUGAAGUGUGUGCGCGACGCGGACCGGUGCACCGCCUGCAAUGAAGGCUACAGCCUGGCAGGUAUGACCUGUGUGCCUGAGUGCGCUGACGGCACGUUCUUCAACUUGGAGGAGAUGAAAUGCAUCGCCUGUCACCACUCCUGUGCCACCUGCACAGGGCCUGGGAAGGAGGAAUGCAUCCAGUGUGCCAGAGACUUCCUGCAGCAGGAGUGGAAGUGUGUCCCAGCAUGCACCGAGGGAUACUACCCGGGGGAAGCCGCGGGGCUGCCUCAGAAGAUGUGCCGCAGAUGUGAGGAGAACUGCCUGAGCUGCCAAGGCCCGGGGGCAACCUGCACGAGGUGCAGAGACGGAUACAGCCUAGUGAGCAAGAUGUGCAUUGUCAACGCCACCUGCAACAACGCGGACGAGGUCUUCUGCGAGAUGGUGAAGUCCAACCGCCUCUGCGAGAAGAAGCUCUUCAGGCAGUUCUGCUGUAGGACGUGUCUCAUGGCAGGAUGAAGAACGGGAGGGACGGCGCUCGCACGCUGGCCUCUCUCUCCAUUGUACAUUUUUAAAAUAGUUUACAUCUCUUAAAAAUCGCUUAAUUAUGAUGAACCCUUCGAGGUGCAUAUUUGAUUUUAGUAAAGAUACAUUAAGGUUGUCUGUUUUUUUAUAAACUGCACACAUAACAUGUACAAAGUGUUUAUUUUUUAUUCAAAAAGCUGCAUUAUUAUAAAAUAUGGUGCUUUGUAUGACUGUAUAUGGCAGUAUAUGAAUACCCGAACCACUGUUUUCAGAUGUGAAUUGAUGACCUAAUAUAGCGGUAUGAACAGGUUUAUGAAUAUACAGUAUUGCUUGUAAAGUAGGCCUUUUCAUACUUUGAAAAUUGAUCAUUGUAUUUCCUUGAAAAAAACAACUUUGUAAAAGGGGUUGUAGUUUUUUGUAAGAAAAAAAUGUAGGAAGCAGUUAAAUAUAC